AUGUCGGAAGCCGCGAACCGUCACCACUCUUCGCUCAAAGUAUCGAUCCGACCUCUACAGUCGUCGUUCUUCGCCGGAGAAGACUUUGUCUGCCAUAUCACCUUCACAAACACAAACCCGCGAGUCGCACAUACUCAGCCACUGCUUCAAGGAGAGUUCCCGCCAUCGACACCGACCAAAGCCUCCGCAGACCAUUUUGAUCCACCUGGCUCUGCCCCUAUUGAGGAAAAGCCAGGCGCACGUCGUGUCGUCUCGUCAAUACCAACCCACUCGAAAUCUCGUAGCGUCGAUGUACGAGCAUUAGGAAGAGAUCAUGACGCAAGCGCAUCUACCUCUUCAGCCUUUCCCGGCCCCGCACGAGCCCAGAAACUGCUUCUCCACCUCAAUGGCGAGGUCUUGCCGGAUCGAAAGAACUUGAUCGGAAAGAGCACGCCCUCCGCCUCUGGUGACCAUUCCAUUCAUCCUUGGUCCGUCUCGCCAAACCUUGCGAGCUCGAAACUUGCGCACCGCUCUACAAAGUCCACCUCAUUUUCAUCUCGGCGCAAUAAAUUCGAUCUUGGUCUAGGUCAUCCAAUCCGACCAGUUGGCACUCCUACAAAGCCGUCCGCCACAUCAGCUCUCGCCGACUCAGAUCGUUUAUCGCCCAACCCACCCUCAAGAGUCUCCUCUCUUUCUGGAUGGGCGAACAAACGAACACCUUCUGCCUCCAUAUCGCCGCAUCACUCGCAUUCACGCAAGAAAUCAGUUGCGCAGGUCCAGGCUGAGGACCUCACAGAAGCGUUUGAGCUCGAUUCGCCAUCGGUAGCACCAUCGCCGACACCCAACACUCCAACCUCCUGGAUGGGCGCGCAAGCCGAGCAAAAUAACUCCUCUAGUUUCUAUGCAAUGGGUCGCAACGAGUCGAUGGAGAGCGUUGUUCGAGAAUCCAUCACAAGCUGGUCACAGUCAAAGCGACGCCUGUCGAUUUCGAGAACCCCGAGCCACAGUCCGAUCUACCCUCCACCCGACACAUUGGCUUCGGGCAGCGAAAAGAUCUUGUGGUCCUUUGCACAGAUUCGAGGUACCAUCGAAAUCGACGAGAGCCUGAUCAAGCCGAGCGACUUUGAGAACCUCAAAAGAAGGCUUGCUUACGGCGACUUGACUGGUGCCAAUGCGUCUCCUCACUCGGUUCCUGGCACACCUCGAACGCUCGGUGGAGGUGAUCUCGGACAAACGGCCGACGCCUUACCAAGCCCCACGAGCUGGAGCAGCUACCUUCGCAGCCCAUUUGCAGGCCGUGCACAACAGCAUCGUCGGACGGGCUCCACAUUUCAAGAUGCUCAGGAGCGAACUCUGCAGAGUCGAAGCGUGCCCACGUUCUCGGCCCCGCCCAGCAUCGUCGCUGUCGACUUGGUGCUCGCUCCAGGAGAGAGCAAGACGUAUCAGUUCAAGCUUGCGUUGCCAAUCGACCUACCGCCUUCUUACCAAGGCAAGGCGAUUCGUCUCAAGUACGUUCUCACCUUGGGAACCAAUCGAUCGGACAUGUACGCUGCCUCGGCGCGCGCGCAGACAAGUCGGCUGAUCACUAUUCCGAUUCGCAUCUACAAUCAUGUCGGUGCAUCUGGCUUCAGGCCGUUUUUCGACCUGAUGAACCCGGUCAUCCUCACCAAGGAAGAGGCGUCGGUUAGCCUAGUUGGUCAAGAUGACGAGAGCGUCAUCGUGCCAAGUUUAAAGUCAAACGUGCAAGCCGAACGCGCUAGAGCAAAGGCAUCGGCCAAGAAAGCACCCCAGAUUCAGCGUAAAGACUUGCAGGAGUAUACCAAACAGCUGCUCGCCACCAAGGUGUCGGCCGAUGACGCAUGUGCGGUUGCUCUGCCCGAGAUCGGCUUGGCGACGUUGGCAUCUACGAGUCAGACUAGUGGAUCGUGCAAGGCAGCUGUUGAAGCGCUCGCGCGUUCAUCGAGCAAAGUGACGUACGAUAUUUCCAAAGAUGGCAAGGUGGCUGCUGUGCUCACACUGGUCAGGUCUAGGUACAGGCUCGGAGAGACGAUUACCGGUGUGAUCAACAUCAACAAUGAGCAAUCGCUCGCACGCAUCGCGCGCAUGAGUGCGACGCUCGAGACGUUCGAAGAAGUGCAACCGAGCAUGGCGACUUUGCCACCGGCGCGAUCACAGCGCGCCACCAAGAUGGUACAUGCACAACACCACGAGAGCGUGCUCGACAAGGGGAGGGCGAGUUUCAGCCUGUGCAUCCCGAGCGGUGCUUCGCCCGAAUUCGUCACUAGUGGAGUCAAGCUCAACUGGCUCGUGCGUCUUUCGUUCCUCACCAUCUCGGCUAUCAACGCUCGCGCCUCAAAGUCGACCACCGACAAGUCGACCACUGACAACCACGAGCACGCCAACAACACGCUGCUUCCUCCCCCGCAUCUGCUGCCUACUGCGUCAGACGGGUAUGCACGCUACCACGUCAGCGUCAGAGCAAUCAACAGCCUCGCUGGCUCGGCAGCACACAACGCAUCCUCUACAAAUCUACUCGCUCUCCUCGGCUGCGCCGCAGAAACAAAGCUCGAGACCGUCGAAUGCGCUGUACCCGUGUCCAUCUUGCCCAACAGCACCAGUUACAAGGUCGGAGACGCCGAGUUCUACGCCUAG